AUGUCCGAAUUCGACACAUCACCAUGGCCCGUCAAAGACAUUGUCUACGUAGCCAUUGUGGGCACAGUGAUGGUAGCUGCAUUUCUCGAAUGGUUUCUCUGGCUCGCAGCAUUCCUAUACUGCCUUGUCAAAGUCUAUCAAAAGGCUGAGCACUGGUCGGUCAAGGUUUUGGCAAUGGCAGUUGCGACUGCAUUCACAAUUCUAAGAUUCAUUUUCCUACCAGUAAUGCUGGUCACCCUUCCACUACCGAGUCAUAUAACACAAUACUUUCCAAUGCGUAUGGUAUCCUUCCUCCAAUGGUUCGGGUUCUGGUCAUUUGCGGGUCUCUUGACAAUUCCUUGGCUCUUGUGUGUCUAUCAGCAGGUGACACACUCACUUGGAAGAACAAAGCGGAUAAAGGAAGUCUUAGACGAGACUUCUGCUCCAAAGAUUGUUAUUGUGAUGCCAUGCUACAAAGAGGAACCCGAAGUCUUGAUUACGGCAAUCGAUUCCGUAGUUGACUGCGACUAUCCACCGUCUUGCAUUCAUGUCUUCCUCUCCUUCGAUGGCAGUCAGGAGGAUGAGUUAUACCUCAAGACCAUUGGAAGACUCGGUGUACCUCUUUCUCUAGACACCUAUCCCAAAAGUAUCGACGUGACCUAUCGAACUGCUCGAAUUACCGUUUCUAGGUUCCCACACGGAGGAAAGCGGCAUUGUCAGAAGGCUACUUUUAAGCUCAUCGACAAGGUCUACACAUCGUACCUAAAACGUAAUGACGAUCUUUUUAUUCUUUUCAUCGACUCAGAUUGCAUACUUGACCGAGUAUGCCUCCAGAACUUCGUCUAUGACAUGCAAAUGAGCCCUGGGAACUCGAGAGAUAUGUUGGCGAUGACUGGGGUGAUUACUUCCACCACCAAGAAGCAUAGCCUGAUCACCCUUCUCCAAGACAUCGAAUACAUACAUGGCCAACUGUUCGAGCGAACUGUAGAAUCGGGGUGUGGUUCGGUCACUUGCCUGCCCGGGGCCUUGACAAUGCUGCGUUUCUCAGCCUUCCGAAGGAUGGCCAAAUACUACUUCGCCGACAAAGCAGAGCAGUGUGAAGAUCUUUUUGACUAUGGGAAAUGUCACCUAGGCGAAGAUAGGUGGCUGACACACUUGUUCAUGAUUGGAGCGAAGAAACGAUACCAAAUCCAGAUGUGCACCUCUGCAUUCUGCAAGACAGAAGCAGUGCAGACAUUCCCGUCCCUGAUUAAGCAGCGUCGCCGCUGGUUCCUGGGAUUCAUCACCAACGAGGUCUGCAUGUUGACAGAUAUUCGAAUUUGGAAGAGGUAUCCGCUCUUGGUUCUGGUCAGAUUUAUGCAAAAUACUAUUCGAACGACUGCCCUGCUUUUCUUCAUAAUGGUAAUUGCAAUCAUCACCACAAGCAAAAAGAUAAAGGAUCUACCUGUCGAGUUCAUCGGGAUAUCUCUGGGCCUAAACUGGAUCUUGAUGAUCUACUUCGGUGCUAAACUGAGGCGUUACAAGGUCUGGCUCUAUCCGUUGAUGUUCAUCAUCAACCCAUUCUUUAAUUGGUUUUAUAUGGUCUAUGGGAUAUUUACCGCAGGUCAACGAACAUGGGGUGGGCCGCGAGCAGAUGCAGGCUCAGCAGACGCAACAACCACUGUUCAGCAGGUCAUUGAGAAGGCUGACGCUGAAGGAGAUGAACUCAAUGUCGUCCCAGAAACCUUCAAACCAGCAGCCGAAGCCCAACGACAUGGAUUUGCUGCUACUGGCGUACAGCCACCCGGACGCAUUGAGGGCCGCUUCACAGCGGCGGAAAGACUUCCAGGCGGAUGGUACACGCAUGAUACCGAUUCCUUGGUCGGUGUUGCUAUCGGCGAUACCAUAUCAAGCGGUUCAAGACGCAAUCCACUGCAUCCUAGAGAUCCCAGAGACUCAUUCGAUAGCCUCAUCUCGGCACAGACUAGUGAUAACUCAGUACAUACACCAAGGCGAGUCGAGAGCAUCAUGGGAGAGGAGGAUCAGAAGAAGUAUGCCCUGGCUCAAGCUAACCAGCGUGAGGCUGGAGGAGCUUAUAUGAUGGGCAUUGCUCAAGGUCGGGCUUCCAGAUUUUUCGAGGGCGAUUCCACGAGAGAGGAAUGGAGGAACUCUGCUGAUUCUCUUGGCUCUUAUUACGGUCGGCUAUCCCAUCAGCGAGGUGGUAGCUACAACAGCAUUGCCUCGAUCGAGAGAGCAGGAGAACCUACAACAGGUACAGAGUUCAUUACUGGUGCAGGUACACUAACUGCCUCUCAAGCCGUGCUUUCAGGGGGUCGGAACGGCAGAAGCCCUCUGGCCCUGGUCAGCAUGGUAAGAACCGUAUCCAACGAAGGGUUAUUGGCGGCCGGGCUCGAGGAUCAGCAUGAACAAGCCCAAACUCGUGGGCAGGCACCCAAGCCCAAUAUCCAGGAUGAGUAG